AUGCCCCACUAUGAGGAACUGGCUCUCAUCCUGGGGCCCACAGCCACCGAGCUGCCAUGCCCCCCCCAAGCCCCCCGCUACUCCUUUGCCACUGGGCAAAGGGCAGCAAGAGGAGCAGGCAGUGCAGGGACCCAGUCAGAGUCCCCAGAAGCAAGGCCAUCCUCUAGAUCUGCUGACCUACCAUCGCCGAGUGUCAGGAGCAACAGCAGCGAGGGGCAGACACUGCCAGGCACAGCCAGUGCCACCACCACGCCUGAAGGGAGCCCUGAGCAAGAGGACCCCUUCCUCCGGCUGAACAGCAGUAGCAGUGGGGAGGGGCAGCCCAGGGUGUCAACUACAUUGGUGGAGAGCACACCCUGGCAACCUUGCCACCGUCCCUCACUCCCCCCGGAGGCUGGGUCCAGCUCUGCAACUCAACCCAGCCACCUGUCGCCAAAACCAGACAGCCCAUCUGCCAAAGGAGAGGCCACUGCCCUGAAUCCAGGAGCUGCCCACCAAGUCUCCCAGACACCACGGGCUAUCCAGAUGCGCCACCUGUGGUGGGAGCAGCGCACCCAGCGAGAGGGCUGGCAGGAGGAGGUGAUCUGGGAGGAGUGGUUACACCAACAGCAGGCGCAGGACUUCCAGACCCAAGUCCUGCAGGAGCUCCAUCAAUUCCACCAUGACCAUGCUGUGGCCAUUGGGUAG